UGCUCAGCUCUAUUUAUACACACAGUACUGUUGCUUCUCCUUGAAUGUGGCCAAGUAGUUAGAUCUUUCACUUCUUUGUUGCUGCUUCACCUCUGGUCCUGACAAUGGCUUUCAAAGCUGUGUGUCUUAUGGUGGUUGCUUUUGUUUUAGUUACUGCAAAGGCUUCAUACAUGAAUGAAGACUUCAAGGAGAAGGCUGUUUAUUCCAAAUCUGUGGUGCCUGCAUCAACUCCUGCUCCUCCAGAGGUCAAGUCACCGACCCCCGCCCCGCCAGUGGUCACUCCUUCCACACCAUUGUACAAGCCACCAACUCCCGCGCCACCAGUUAAGACACCACCUCCAGCACCGCCAGUCAACCCCCCCACACCUGUGAAGCCACCCACUACUCCCGCCCCACCGGUCUACAAGCCACCAUCUCCAGCACCGCCAGUCAACCCCCCCACACCUGUGAAGCCACCCACUACUCCUGCCCCACCGGUCUACAAGCCACCAUCUCCAGCACCCACACCUGUGCCUCCCGUGAAGCCACCCACUACUGGACCAAUGCCGCCGCCAGUUAGGACAAGAUCGGAUUGCACCCCUCUAUGUGGGCAGAGGUGUAAGUUACAUUCAAGGAAAAGACUCUGUGUUAGAGCUUGCAUGACUUGCUGUGACCGAUGCAAAUGCGUGCCGCCGGGGACUUACGGUAACAGGGAGAAAUGUGGCAAGUGCUAUACUGACAUGACCACCCGCCGCAACAAGCCCAAGUGCCCUUGAAUUUUUUAAAAAUCUCGACUGUGAUAUAUGUUAUUGCUAUUAUGUUAUACUAUAUAGUUUAAGAAUAAACUUUUCUCAUAUUUUAAUUGCUCUCGAGCAGCUGUAAUUUGGCAGUCAGUGCCAUGCAAACCCUCGAUCGGUCUACGGUGUCUGUUGCUUUCACUUGUACUGAUUGCGUAUAUUAAAUAUAAUGUUAUUUCGGUUGUUGCUGAUAA